GGUGGUGGCGUGAUCAUGUGACGCCUGCAUUUCCGACACAACAAUACAACACCGUAUCGGUCUGCAAUCUCUCUCCGCUUUCUCCCCCCCAAUCCCCACGCCUCGCUCUCGGUAUGGCGGACGGCGAGAGGUCCCCGUUAUUAUCAGAUCUGGGCGAUGGUGCUCUCGGCAGCGGUAACGGCGGGUUGUCUCCCGGUGCGGGACCGUACGGUGUGCCCAACAAACCACCGAGUUUCCCUCCAUUCCCCAGCCCCACGCAGCCAUCGGUGCUCCUAGGGGAGGACCCUCCGCCCUAUUCCCCUCUCACCUCACCAGAGAGUGGCAGUGCCCCUGUUAUCAGCUGCAGGGUCUGUCAGAGCCUCAUCUCUGUGGAGGGCAAGAUUCACCAGCACGUGGUGAAGUGUGGGGUUUGCAAUGAAGCUACGCCCAUUAAGAAUGCCCCAGCAGGAAAGAAGUACGUGCGAUGCCCCUGCAACUGUCUGCUCAUCUGCAAAGUCACUUCCCAGAGGAUUGCCUGUCCCCGACCAUAUUGUAAGAGGAUAAUAAAUCUGGGCCCGGUUCACCCUGGUCCGGCCAGUCCUGAUCCCCAGCCAGCUGGAGCCCGCGUCUCCUGUGGACACUGCAGCAACACCUUCCUGUGGACAGAGUUCACAGAUCGGACGCUGGCCAGGUGCCCACACUGCAGGAAAGUGUCUUCAAUUGGUCAGAGGUAUCCACGGAGGCGGAGCUUGUGGUGUUUUCUACUCUGCUUGCUAUUCAGCAUUUCAACCGCCGGAUUGAUGGCUGGAACGUGGGUGAAGGCUCAGACCUACAAGGGAAUCUACGCCUCGUGGGCCGUGCUGCUGCUCCUGGUUCUCGUCACCCUGGCUCGGGCCUUCUACUGGGCCUGCAUGAGGGUCAGCCAGCCCCUGCAGAACUUCACAUAAAGCCCCACCACCACCAACACCUCUCCAUCAUCUGCCGUAUCUCUCUUUCCAAACCGCCUGGCCGGAGGAAAGUUGGCUUUAAUGAAGAAAAACGAAACAAAACACGAUAUUUAUUUAAAUCCGUACUACAGAAAGAAACAGUUCUCCUCCUCCUGUCCCUUUCCCUUUUAGUCCAACGUGUUUCUAAAACUGGAUGGUGGCGACUGCGACUGCUAUAUAUAUCUAUCGGUAAUUAUGAUGACGUGUAUAGCCUAAUGUACUGUUUAUCUGUUCUAAUCUCGUGGCCAGUGUGGGGCUCAUUUUAACUUUUUUUUUUUUAACACAGUUUUUUUCCUCUUUACCCCUGCGCUGUUUUUCGUCUGCGGCGCAUCUGCUGCACUUGCAACUUCUAAGACGAGGGCUUAAAGUUAAGUCUUAGAUGUGAUUAUCGGGCCUUCUUUAGUUUUUUGGGGGGCGGGGGGUACUUGCCCUUUCUAAUCCUAAUUUGUCAUUAGGUUGAGUAUUUCAGCAUUUAACAUUUCCUUUUAAACUGAAAAACAAAAGUCAGAUGAAGCUAACAAAUUGAUGCCAGUAAGAAGAUGAGCGGCUGGAGGGACAUCAGCCUCCUUUUGUGAAUCAAAAAGAUUAAGUAGGUGUUGAAAAGUGUCUGAAAAAUUGAAUUCAGCAGCGUGUGAAGGUAGGCUAUGAUGUUUCUGAACUCUGUGUUUAUGCUGAAUUAUCCCCUGGGACUGACUUUGAUCCAAAGCAGCUUGAAAGCCUUAAAAGGAGGUGUGAUAGAAGGAUUCAACACUCGCACGUAUGCACGCACGCACGCACACAAACAUACAUACACAGCCACAUUAAUGCAUACCAUCACACAACAAAAGCAGGAUGCUCUUUUAGAGUUGCACCAGCUCAGAAAGCAGUUUGUCAAAGGCAAACCAGCCUCCGUCUUCAAAGCCAGACCUGGAGACAGAUUUCCUCCACACCGCGGUUUGUUUUUUUCAGCCGGGAAAGAAGUGACACGCGUGAAAGUUGUGGUCCGACAAGAAUGUAACCGCAUUUGAAAGCUUCUUUUUCUUGGAGCCAAAAUGCAGCCAACAGGUUUGCACCAACUUCUCUGCAGUCAAAAUAACAUUAACAGCAGAGCUCGACAGAAUCCUUCCUCCCCACUUAUUCCCAUUUCCAAAAGGUACGUGCGUGUGGUUUGCUCAUGGUGCAUUUUGUACAGCGUGGCUCUCUGAAGUACAGAAUACCAAAACAAAUAAACCACAAAUGGGUACUGACUUUUAGAAUACUGAUAUCUGCCUUGUUGCAUCUGCAAAACCCUCAGAGUAUAUGUAGAGUUUCUUUUAGACGUGUGUUUAGUUGUUGAACCACAGGAACAGGAUUUUUUUUUUUAAAGUGCUGAAAUCUGGGCUUAUUCUGCAAAAAUACAGGACAUGAGAGUUUCACAGCUGAGGGUAGAAACCCUUACCACUUCAAGAUCUGCGUCCGAAUGCAUCAAGUUUCACAUAAGUCACCUUAUUUCAACAUUAAAAAAACCACGCCGCUUUGCUCUUUUUGUGUUUUGGUUCAGUUCAGGAUCACUUAACAGUACACACGUCGCUUUUUUGGUCACUGAAAACGGAGGCUGCUACUGGUGAAGUUUUCACAUUAAGGCCAGCGGGAGAUGUUGCGUGGAAAGGUCAGAAUAGGUCAGUAACAUAAACACAAACACACACUAUGAAUACAUUCGCACACAGUGCUAGUCCGUAACUCGUCUGUGGUUCUGAAUCUGAAUGUGGUAAUAAUUCUUUAAUGAUUUAUGUUUUGUUUUUUGAUUGUAAAUAUAUUUGUUGUAUGAUGGAAGUGAUUAAACGGAUUCUGUUGCACUCUGAGCUUAACACUACUGCUGUGAUCGCUGCUCAACUUGUUCUGUUUGAGAGGGUUAUUUUUGCAGCUCCUUCAAUUGUUACAUAUUUAAUGAUUUUUAAAUUAUUUUUUUUUGUGAUCAACUACUAACCUAAUGAGCCUCUGGACACACGUUCGUGUUCAAAACAUAACUAUUAACAUACCAACAAAACAACACUGAAUCACAUUCCUGAGCGAUGGCAUUUCUCUCUCUCUCUUACACACACACACACACACACAGCACCUUAGCCGGAAGUAAGAAACACUGCAUACAGCAAGAAUGAAGAGAUAAAGUUACCCUGCUAGACUGAACUGAGGUCAAUAUGGAUGCGUCAUGUUAUUUAUUAUACGCACUGCAAACUAGGAUCAACUAAACAAUUCAGCUUUUUACAGUUUUACAGUCUUAUUUAUUGUGAACGACGUGGGGUGUGGAGGAAGGUCAUUUCAUUUUCUUGCUCCGAGGGCAUUUGUUGUUGUUUUUGUUUUAUUUCUGUUUGGUUUUUUUUCUUUUAAUAGAACAAUCUGCCUGUUUAAAGUUAUGGUCAGUGCAUUAAUUUUUAAGACUGUUGGAAACAAAAAGAAAUGAGAUAAUAGAACACGGUGCAAGAUGACUUGUUUAAAGGACCCUUUUUUGCAGUGGAGUGACUGUGUUUUACCCACGACUGCAAAACAAAUUAAUCAUGUUAACGCCAAUAAUCAAGAACCUGGCUGAUGCUCUUUUCGGAGUUUGUUUACACUCGAAUAAAGACAUGAUGAUGUACAAA